AUGGAGAAGUCCUCAAAUGUCCAACCCAAUCACUCACCAAGAUCCAGAGCGGUGCCGAGGAAGGAGAGGGACAGGGGAGCCUUAGUGCCUCCGAGAGGUCAACGGCAAAGGGCGGCCAAGGCACGACGGCUCCCUGAAGCACCAGCGGAGAGGAAAGAGAGGCUGCAGAAGGAGAAGCCGGAGACAAAUGAAGUGCAGGAGACAGAAGUGAAGCUGAAACCUGCUGUGGUGGACAUAGACAGUGUGAGAGAGGACGAGGUCAAGGAGGAGAACCUGGGGCUCCUGGAGGCAGCGGAACAGGAGGACGGUCUAAAGCGCAAGAACCUGGGUGUGUUUGAGUGGCUGCUGAUGGUCUCUGUCUUGGUUCUGGUUCUCCUCUUCCUGCCUCUGUCCAUCUGGUUUUGUGUCAAAGUAGUGAGGGAGCACGAGAGAGCUGUGAUCUUCAGACUGGGUCACCUACUGCGUGGAAAACCCCGGGGACCCGGCCUCAUUUUCUACCUCCCGCUCCUUGAUGUGUGUCACAAGGUCGACAUUCGACUGAAAAUGCUAAAGGUUCCCCCUCACAUGGUGGUGACAAAGGACCUGGUGAGGCCAGAGCUGAGUGCAGUGUGUUAUUACCAAAUAGAGAACCUGGCUCUGUGCAGUGCAGCUCUGUCCAGUCUGAUCACGGUUCUGCAGAACGUGGUCCAGGCAGCAGUCAGAGACGUUGUGGCCCAGCACACAUUCAGCCACAUCCUGCUGCACCGGCGGAGGAUCGGGGAGCAGAUCCAGGCAGCUGCUGACUCUGUUGUUUGUCGCUGGGGCAUCAGGGUGGAGAGAGCAGACAUAGAUGAGCUCAGUUUUCCUGUGGAGUUACAGCAGAGUCUAGCUGCUGAGGCCGAGGCCAAGAGGCAGCAGCCGGUCAGAGUGAAAGCAGCAGAAAGUGAGCUCGCUGCCUGGGAUGGAUUUCGGGCCUCCCUCCGUCUCCUCCAUCCUGCUUUGGUCCUUCCUCUCCCUCCAGAUCUCCUAAACCUGAACUCUGACCUUGCAUCCCUCCCGCCACCUCCCCCGCCUGCCGUGGAAGGAGAGGCAGAGGAGGAGCCAGAGACGGACUCGCCAAUGAUGUGA